AACAACAAUGCGCAUGCGUUAAAUUUGACAAGAUGUCGGACGACGAAUUUAUGUGCGAUGAUGAUGAAGAAUAUGAUUUGGAAUAUUCAGAAGAGAGCAACUCUGAGCCAGAUGUUGACCUAGAAAACCAGUAUUACAACUCCAAGGCCCUGAAAGAUGACGACCCUAAAGCUGCUCUUGACAAUUUUCAAAAGGUGCUGGAGCUUGAAGGGAAGGACAAGGGGGAAUGGGGAUUCAAGGCCCUCAAACAGAUGAUCAAGAUCAACUUCAAACUGAGCAACUAUGAUGAGAUGAUGAAACGAUACAAGCUGCUUCUCACAUACAUCAAGUCUGCAGUCACCAGAAAUUACUCCGAAAAAUCCAUCAACUCGAUAUUGGACUAUAUCUCUACAUCAAAACAGAUGGAGUUGCUACAGAAUUUCUAUGAGACAACUUUAGAUGCAUUGAAAGAAGCGAAGAAUGAGCGUCUAUGGUUUAAAACUAACACAAAGCUUGGGAAGCUAUACUUUGACAGGGGAGACUUUAACAAGCUUCAGAGAAUCCUCAAACAACUACACCUGUCCUGUCAGACUGAUGAUGGUGAGGAUGACUUGAAGAAGGGAACUCAACUGUUGGAGAUUUACGCCCUCGAGAUUCAGAUGUACACAGAACAGAAAAACAACAAGAAACUCAAGGCGUUAUAUGAACAGUCCCUUCACAUCAAGUCUGCCAUUCCCCACCCACUGAUUAUGGGUGUUAUACGGGAGUGCGGGGGAAAGAUGCACCUCCGAGAGGGAGAGUAUGAAAGAGCCCACACCGACUUCUUUGAGGCCUUCAAAAACUAUGAUGAAUCUGGAUCUCCUAGGCGAACAACAUGCUUGAAGUAUUUAGUUCUGGCAAAUAUGCUUAUGAAGUCUGGCAUCAACCCGUUUGACUCCCAGGAAACCAAACCCUACAAGAACGACCCAGAAAUACUCGCAAUGACCAACCUUGUCAGUUCUUAUCAGAACAAUGAUAUAAAUGAGUUUGAGAAGAUCUUGCGUACAAAUAGGCGAAACAUCAUGGAGGAUCCCUUUAUCCGAGAACAUAUCGAGGACUUGCUACGAAACAUCAGGACGCAAGUUCUCAUAAAACUCAUAAAGCCUUACACAAGAAUCCACAUUCCCUUCAUCUCAAAGGAACUGAAUAUUGAUCCAUCUGAAGUAGAAAAUCUCCUUGUGUCAUGUAUUUUAGACAAUACAAUUGAAGGCCGUAUUGACCAAGUGAACCAUGUAUUGGAGCUUGACCGGGAGGGUCAGCAGUGUGCCCGCUACAACGCCCUCGACAAGUGGACUCUCCAGCUACAUUCACUUCACCAGGCUGUCAUCAAUAAGAUCGCUUGAGACAUGAUGAGUCCAGUUAAGAACACUCCUCAGUGGUCCUUCCUAGGACAAGGCUCACAUCUCUAUUCUGGAACAUUGGUUGAUAUAAAUCUGCCUUUUGUUCUGAUGGAUACUUUCUGUCACAGAGUAGUUAUUUUCACCAAGUAAUGUUGCCCAGACAACAGAUAAGUUACAAAUCCCUCUGAAAUAUACUUAUACAACUUAGCCCCCCAUGAGCCAGGAUAGCAAUGCAUUAAUAAUUAAGUGUUAUUCCUAAGAGAUAUGAUGUUGAGUGAUUCAUUUAAGUGUUAUUCCUAAGAGAUAUGAUGUUGAGUGAUUCAUUUAAGUGCUAUUCCUGAGAGAUAUGAUAUUGAGUGAUUCAUUAAAUCCUUUUCUGAUAUAAUCUUUUAAUAACAAAACUCAUAAAUGCAAUGGUAAUACUAUAGAGUUGACCAUUCAAGAUUAUUUGCAUGGAAUGGUGCUAAAACAACAUGCAUGUAAACAGCCUUGGUUCCUGUAUUCAUUUUUGUCAUGCUCUGCAUUGUAUGAUGAAUGUUAUUGUGAUACUUUUAUUUUGUUGUAUAAUAAAAGCAAAAAGGAUGUCUUAA